CGCAUGUGCAUUGAUUACCGCAAGCUAAACAAGGCUACUCGGAAAGAUCAUUUUCCACUUCCCUUUAUUGAUCAAUUGCUGGAGAGGAUGGCUAAGCACAAAUAUUUCUGUUUUCUUGACGGAUUCUCUGGAUUUUUCCAAAUCCCAAUUCAUCCGGAUGAUCAAGAAAUGACGACAUUUACAUGUCCUUAUGGUACUUUUGCAUAUCGCAGAAUGCUGUUUGGAUUAUGUAAUGCACCAGGAACCUUUCAAAGAUGUAUGCUAGCUAUUUUCUCGGAUCUUGUCGAGGAAAUUAUGGAAGUUUUUAUGGAUGAUUUCUCGGUUUAUGAGAUUUCAUUUGAUGAUUGUCUUGAACAUCUUGAUAAAGUGCUGAGCAAAUGUGAAGAAGCAAAUCUUGUCCUCAACUGGGAAAAAUGUCAUUUCAUGGCAACCGAAGGCAUUGUGCUUGGGCACAAAAUUUCUGAAAAGGGCAUUGAAGUAGACCCGGCAAAGAUAGAAGUAAUUGAUAAAUUGCCACCCCCUUCUUCCAUCAAGGGGAUUCGCAGUUUUCUUGGCCAUGCGGGAUUUUAUCGACGGUUUAUCAAGGAUUUUUCAAAAAUAUCAAAGCCUUUAACCAAUCUUCUCUCAAAAGAUGUGGAGUUUAAUUUUGAUGAAUCUUGUUGCGCCGCAUUUUCAAAACUCAAGUUGGCCUUAACUACUGCACCAAUUAUUCGGCCACCUGAUUGGAGUCUUCCUUUUGAACUCAUGUGUGAUGCAAGCGAUUAUGCCGUGGGAGCCAUUCUGGGUCAACGCAAAGGCAAAGAAGUAUAUGCCAUUUAUUAUGCAAGUCAUACUCUUGAUGAUGCCCAAUCAAAUUAUGCCACAACUGAAAAAGAGUUCCUUGCCAUAAUUUUUGCCAUUGAAAAAUUCCGAUCUUACCUUAUCGGUAGCAAGAUUAUUGUCUAUACCGACCAUGCGGCUAUCAAAUACCUCAUCAACAAAAAAGAUGCAAAACCGAGGUUGUUGCGGUGGAUCUUGUUACUACAAGAUUUUGACAUGGAAAUCCGUGAUAGAAAAGGAUCUGAAAAUGUUGUUGCCGAUCAUUUAUCUCGACUUGAGAUUCCUUGUGAUACCAAGAUGCCAAUCAAUGAUUAUUUCAUUGGGGAACAACUUAUGACUGCUCAAAAUUUUGAUCCAUGGUUUGCCGAUAUUGCAAAUUACCUUUCUCAUGGGGUAAUUCCACAUGGUGCUACACAUACUGAAAAGAAGAAGUUAAAAUAUGACUCCCGCUACUAUCAUUGGGCAGAACCUUUUCUCUAUAGAAGGUGUGCCGAUGGAGUCAUUCGACGGUGUUUGCCCGAAGAUGAAGUUUCAAAUGUCUUGCACCAUUGUCAUUCCUCACCAUAUGGGGGACAUCAUGGAAGCUCUCGUACUGCUGCAAAGAUUUUACAAUCAGGUUUCUUUUGGCCCACUAUUUUCAAAGAUGCAAGCAAAUUUGUGAAAAACUAUGAUCGUUGCCAACGUACCGGCAAUAUUGGAAGAAAGAAUGAAAUGCCUCAACAUGGCAUACUUGAAGUCGAAUUGUUUGACGUGUGGGGGCUCGAUUUUAUGGGGCCAUUUCCAAAAUCAAAUGGGAAAGAGUUCAUCCUUGUAGCUGUUGAUUAUGUUUCUAAAUGGGUAGAAGCAGCUGCCACACAGACAAAUGAUGCCAAAGUGGUGAUCCAAUUCAUUCAGAAAAAUAUUUUCUCCCGAUUCAGAGUUCCACGAUCUUUCAUCACCGACAAUGGUACUCAUUUUUGUAACAAAGCAUUGGAACGUGUCCUUUCCAAAUAUGGGAUUCACCACCGACUCUCAACUCCAUACCACCCGCAAACAAAUGGCCAAGUGGAACUUUCAAACCGAGAAAUCAAAACAAUUCUCGAGAAAGUUGUUAAUCCUUCCCGAAAGGAUUGGGCCGAAAAGCUUGAUGAUGCACUAUGGGCAUAUCGCACUGCUUACAAAAAUCCCAUCGGCACCUCACCAUUCAAAUUGGUGUAUGGGAAAGCAUGUCACCUUCCUGUUGAGGUUGAACACAAAGCAUAUUGGGCAAUCAAGACACUCAACAUGGAUCUUGCAUUGGCGGGUGAGAAACGACUGUUGCAGCUAAAUGAACUUGAAGAAUUCAGACUUGCAGCUUAUGAUAGCUCAAAACUCUACAAGGAGAGAACAAAAAUUUUGCAUGACCGAGUGAUCAGCCGAAGAAAAUUUGAACGGGGAGAUAAAGUUCUUCUAUUUAACUCACGUUACAAAUUCUUUCCCGGAAAGCUAAAGACCCGAUGGUUGGGUCCAUUUGAAGUACUUGAAGCAUUUCCAUCCGGAGCAGUCCAGUUAUUAAACAAAAGAUGCCAAAAACUCAUGGUAAAUGGACAACGGUUGAAACUAUACCAUGAUGGUGAGAGACAAGAGGCAACUUCUCUGUAUUGCCUCACUGAUCCGAAAUAUGAAUGAAGAGGCAUGGGUCAAGCUAAUGACCUUAAACGAGCGCUUCUUGGGAGGCAACCCAAGUUUGUAAAUUUCAAAAAAAAAAAACAAAAAAAAAAAUGUCUAGGUUUUUGUUUUUGGACUCUAAAGGGGCCACAUCCGCUCGAAAAGACAUCUCAACAUCAUCCGUCCGCAAUUCAGGGAAGUUUUCUUUACACUCCUUUAAUUUAUUUUCCACUGAGGACAGUGCAAAUUUUAAGUGUGGGGGAGUGGGUAGUUCGACCCUAAUUUCUUGUGUGAAUAUUUUUUCUUUUUCCUUGCUUGUUUGUGUGAUUUUAUUUUCUUUUAUUUUUAUUUUGUGUGUUUGUUUAGAAAAUUAAAGACCAGUCUUGUCCAAAAUACAACAAUAGACAAACAACACAUUAGUUUACAUUUUUUGUUACUAGUUACUUCCAUAACUUUUUAAAACUAUUCAUUCACCUCUUUUGACGAAAUGUGGUUUGAGUUUGAGAAGUGUCACUAUAAUUUUUUGAGAGUAACUUAGUAUUAGCUUUGAACUUGAUUCUUUUUAACACUUUAACAUUAAACACCUUAGAUUUUAUUUUUCCAAUUUAUUGGUUAAUAGUUGAAUUAGUGAAAGUUUAUGCAGAUUAAGAUGUUCAUACAUUUAUUCUCCUUGAAAUUUUAUUUGAACUUGACACAUUUAGAAAUGAUUUAGGCCAUCUUUGUUUACCCAUGAAGCCAAACACUAUCCCUUUGUAAAUAAAUAACACUUUCCCUAGUAACCUCGUUUCACCCUUUCAGUGUACAAGUGUAAAAUAUCUUACUUCACUUGUUACUAAUUCUUUUUUUUGUAACCUUGUAAAUACAUAACCUUCUGAAGCCCUAUCCAAAGUUAAUCUUUUCUAAUCCUAGAGUAGAUUGUCUUGUUACUUGUGAGCGAAUAAAUGGAGCUACUAUUAAGUGUCAUAUGAGUGAAGUACAUAUUUGUUUGUAAAUUUUGGGGUUAGUUUUUCAUUGUAAUGUUCAGUGUGUGCCCUCUUUGAAAAAAAAAUCAAAAAAAAAAAGAAAGAAAAAAAAAGAGAAGAAAAAUUGAAAAAGAAAAAGAAAAAAAAAACAAAAAAAAAACAAAGAGGCACAUUAAAUUCUUGUUGUAAUUUCUUUUGUAAAACCCCAUUUUUUUUUACUUUUCAUGUUUAUAUUUCUCAUUGUUUUGUAUGCUCCAAGUUUUUGUAAAUUCUUGUGAUGAUCCGCUCACUAUUAGUACAAUCUAACCCUCUCUGUAUAUUCUUACACCAAACUUUCCUUCCAACUAGCCACACUCAUUAAUCUAGCCACUCACCGAAAAAAGUCCUAAUUGAUCUAUUUGUGUCAUUUUUUGAAUUUAGCGGAUUGGAGAAACUUGUUCUGCAUAACCCGAACUAAUUUAGAUCUAUAGGUGUUUGUGUUAAAAGUUUGAUUUGAAAAUCUUAGUGAUAGGCAAUAAUACUCGGUUUACUCUCAAUGCGUUAUUUUGUGACAUUUCAGGGUAUUGGACCGUUUAGUGGACAUUAGAGGUGGAUAUGUGAUUUAUUUAGUUAUGUUUGUAAAUCUUAUCAAAUUGUGUAUAUUUUUGUGUUUGUUGUUUGUUUUACUUGAGGACAAGCAAAAGCCUAAGUGUGGGGGAUUUGAUGUACUUGUAUUUUACACACUUUUUAGGCUUAGUUUGUUAUUAAUUUUAGUUAUUAAAAUUCUACUUUUGUACAUAUUUUUAUAAUUUGUCGUUAGUUUGUACUUGUGCAGUCCCUACACGGGUAUUUUGUAUUUUCAGGUACUUUUGAUGCUAUUUGGAUACAUUAGAGUGAACAAAAGAAGAAAAUAAAAGUUCAAGUUGGAAGUCAAUAAAAGUGGAAUUUUCUUCAAAACAAAUAAGGAGUAAAUUGAAGAAAAGAAGCAAAAAAUAAAAAUGAUGGAGUUGGGAUUCGAUCCCUGGAGAAAGGGUAGAAGAAUGCCUACUACAACCAGUGUGCUAAGUAAUCAAUGUUGUACAUAUUCAGCUGGCAAUUGUUAUAUUCCUUCUGAACGCGGCAAAGAAAAGAACAAAAUGUUGAAGCCGAGAAUCAAUCCCAAGAUCUCCGAGUUUUCCCUUGAAGCGCUUAUCCGUUGAGCUACCUGUCACUGUUGAAACUUUACUGCGCUUUGUUGUACAUAAACUCAUCUGUUCCGUAAAUCCCAGCAAUUAAUGAUUAAUCACCUUAUCAUUAUAUUGCCUUAAUCCAUCUUCCUCCACACAUAAGCUCGGACCAACCUCUCUCUAAACAUCCCAGAAACAUUUCCUCCUCCUUCUCUCUUCAUUUCUCAACCCCAAAUCAUCAACCCAUCUUCAACCAUAACUAAUCACUUUCUCAUCCAAGAUUAAGUCAAGAUUAGCAUCAAAGCUCCAAGGAUUGUCAUCAAUCACAAGUUUGAUCUUCCUUAUCUCAUUAAAUCUUGUACUUUAAUCAUGGAUUCAUCUAUUUCUAUGUUUCCCAACAUGUAUAGCUAAAUAAAUUUGGGGCUAGAAAUUGGUUAAUUAAUUGUUCUUAUAAUGUUUUAAUUUGUAUUGAUUUUAAUUGUUAAGUUUAUUCUAUUUAGAUUGUUGUGUCCAGAAACUUAAUUAUGUUGUGUUUAUGAUAUAUAUUAUGAGUACUCAAUCAUAAACAUAUUGUUUGUUAAAUACACAAAUGAACACUUUCUGAACACACCGUUAAACUUCUUUUACCUUGUCCCGGAUUGAAGUUUUACGGGAGAAUUUAAUUAUUUAAUUAUAUUAUUUACACCACGGGGUUGGGUAAAUAAUAUAGUUAAUAAUUAAGGUUGUCGUUGCACUUAAACAACUAGUCUCGUUUUGGCCAUCACUGGGAAAUGUUGACUAGUUACUUAUUUUAGGUGACUUGUGUUGGGUCCUAAAAUAUUUAUCUACAACUUCUCACAAUCUAUCUAAGAAUAAAAUUAGCAAUUAUGUCUUACAAAUGAGCAUUGAACAAUUAGUUGCCAAUUUCUACCCCUACUUGCUAUUGGUUGAACUUUGUGUUGAUAAAAGUCUCUUCUCUCAAUCACUUUUAUUUAAUUACUUUUCCAAGUAAACAAAAAUCAAAAGAAACGCAUUCCCAACUUUAAUCCUUAGUUUGUGCUUAAUUAUUUUAUUUCCCGCUUCUCUGUGGUUCGACACCCUACUUCCUUGGGUAAAAAAAAUAGUUGUGUGCCCAUUAUAUGCUACACACCAUCUCAGUUGAAGAAAACAUUGAUGAAGUAGAGAGGCUGGAAAAAGAAAUAAUGGAUGGAAAUGUUGGUGGUGGAGAUGCUGCUCCUACUGGAUCCUCUAUUGUGCCAUUAAGUGUACAAUUUCUAUAUUUAUAUUGUGCAUUUGUGCCAUUAUGUGCUCGGUUUUCCAUUUGAAUGUGUAUGAACAUGAAUACAUGACUCUAUGAUUUGGCAUUAGCUAUGAUGAAGCUUCC